ACCCUCCGUAGAGUUGACUGGUCCCACCACACCCCCACAGAGCACAGUCUCUCGGCAGCGUUUGAAGUAUUUGAAGUUUGAUCUGAGUUUGUUGUUUCUCCAAUAAUAAGUGAGUAUAAUACCACGAAGUCCAAGGAAUUGAAGUGCAAGUAAUGGGGUGUGUGUAGAGUAGUAAUUGUAAUAAGGGAAGAGCUAUGAGGGUCCAAAGUGACCACAUAACAGGCCUUAUUCUUAAGUCUUAUCGCUUUCAUUCCUCUCAAUGUCAUCAAACUUAUCUUGUGUCUACUAUACUCUUUUCAUCAAAACAACAUUACUCUUCCUAACUAACUACUAGUAACUGCUAAUUUCUCAUUAUCAUUCAAUGCUGCUUUUAAUUCCUACAAACCAUCAUUCAUGCUAAAUAUUUCAAUUUAGAAUCACUCUAAUUUCUCUCUAAAAAGGAAACGGUUUUAAAAUGCCUUGCCUUUUUCAGUCUGUCACUUUAAUUUCUAAAAUUCAUUACCAAAGCAUAUGAAGAGGUAAAUAAUACAACAAAGAGCUCAUCACUUUUUUUUUUUGUGUGUGUGUGGCUUGUGAGCUUUAAAAAAAAAAACUUCUUCAAUCCCAAAAUUCAGAUCUUGAGUUUAGUCUUCACACACAUUCAUAUCUCAAACUGGUUUGGUUUCUCAAAAACUUGUUCAAGUGUGCUAUUUUUUUUUUGGUGUUGAGAUUUAUUAUAUGACCAUUGUAGCUGAAGGUUAGGUUAUGUGAUAAUGUUGAAUUUUCACAUUGUUUGACUUGAUAGUGACGUAUAUUCCUGGAAUAGAACUAUAGUCUCUUCACUUUGAAUUCAAAGUCUUACUAGUAUUGUUUGUAUUUGAUUUUUUUAUCAUUAUUCUAUAGUUAUUGGAGUUGGUGGAAUUAAUUAGUAUUGUUUGAGUUUUGUGAGGUUUGAACUUUGAACAUGCAAAUAAACUAUUGUCAUUGGCUUUUAAUAUUAGUGAGAAAGGGUUAAAAGUUAGAAAGUGAGAUUUUCAUGUGGAAGGUUUUGUCUCUAUUCUAAGUAUAAGAUAUGCUGAAAUCUGAUAAUGAAGAUAUUGAUGUAUUCUAUGACUCAUUGGAUAGCUUAUCAGGUCAAGAUUCUGUUUUAGUCAAAGAAAAGUUUGGUUUUGAUGAUUAUGAUGAAAUUUGGGUGAAUGAGCCUGUUAUUAGUGUGAAGGAAAGAAGAAAACAUUUUCUGCAGUGUAUGGAUUUAGUACUAGCUGAUACUUUUUCCAAGAUUAGCUCACAAGAUAGGAUCAUGAAGUGCAGUGAUGCAGUCUCAAAUGGAUGCAUUUCAUCAACUUGUGAUCAAGUGUCUGAGAAGUUGAUUUUUUCUGGAUGGAAUGCAGCUUCUGAAGCAGAAGUUUUGUUGGAAGAAUUGAAAUCGCGUCCGCUAGAGAAAAUGAAUGAGCUAUCAGGUGAGGCACAAGAAGAAUUUCAGGAUUUUGAUAAGAAUAAUGAUAGGAUAAACUGGUGGAAGCGCUUUGUAAACAUGAAGAAAGGCGAUGAAGUUAAAGUUAGAUCGAUAUCGCGUACAGGGACGAAUAAAACUCGGAGGAUAAAGGUAAGGAAGAACAAGAAGAGGUGGCUGGAGUUCAGUGAGCUAUACAUUGGACAAGAGAUUAAAGCUCACAAAGGCUUAAUUUGGACUAUGAAAUUCAGUCCUAAUGAUCAGUAUUUAGCUAGUGGAGGUGAAGAUGGUGUUGUGCGCUUAUGGCGCGUUAAGUCGCUUGAUACAUCAAGUAUUUGUUUCAACUCAGAAGGUGGCAGUACUGGUAGCCAGCCUUUAAUUGAGGAAUCACCACUACAAGAAUUCUUUGGUCAUUCCAGUGAUAUAUUGGAUUUGGCUUGGUCUAAUUCAGAUAUUCUUCUAUCGUCUUCCAUGGAUAAAACGGUUCGCUCUUGGAGACUUGGUUGUGAUCAAUGUCUAAGUGUUUUUCAUCACAAGGACUUUGUGACAUGCAUUCAAUUCAACCCUGUUGAUGAAAAUUACUUCAUAAGUGGAUCAAUUGAUGGUAAAGUUCGAAUAUGGGGGAUGCGCGAAGAGCGAGUUAUUGACUGGACAGAUAUACGAGAUGUCAUAAGUGCUAUAAGUUACCAACAAGAUGGAAAAGGAUUUGUAGUUGGUUCUAUUACUGGCACUUGCCGUUUUUAUGUUGCUGCAGGAAAAUAUUUCCAGCUUGAGGCGCAGAUUGAUAUCCGUGGAAAGAAGAAAGCAUCAAGCAACAAGAUUACUGGUAUUCAGUUCUUCCAAAACGACUGUGAGAGAAUUAUGAUCACAUCUGAAGAUUCAAAAAUUCGCAUAUUGGAUAGAAAUGAGAUUGUUCAGAAAUAUAGAGGCCUACCACGGUCAGGAAGUCAAAUGUCAGGUUCAUUUACAUCAAGUGGAAAACAUAUAAUUUCAGUUGGAGAAGACUCCCAUGUAUAUAUUUGGAACUUCAAUGAUUUAAGAAGCGCUUCUUCGGAAAAAUCGAAAUCUGAGUAUUCUUGUGAGUAUUUUUCCUUCAAAGGUGUAACUGUCGCAAUACCUUGGCCAGGCAUGAAAGCAGAAGAUAGAAGAGGCUGUAGAAAUUAUAACUUACCAGAAACCAAACUAGAGUUUGUUUCUGAGGUUAGAGAUACAGAACGCUUUUCGCUUGGUAAUUGGUUCUUCAUCGAUGGUACAUGUCGAGGUUCUACUUCUAUGACAUGGCCUGAGGAGAAACUUCCAACAUAUGAUGAUGAUAAAGAUAGAAGCUAUGACAGAAAAAUAUCAGAAACAUGGGGUCUAACUAUCGUGGCGGCCGGUAGUGAUGGAACUAUCAAGACAUUCCACAACUUUGGCUUGCCUGUUAGGCUUUAGGACAAUUCCAUGUUGUUUGUUUUGCAUUUAUGAUAAUGAGAGGUGUUACAAGUUAUUCAAGUUCAUUAAUUAAGGCUUGACUUGGUAAAGGUCUAACUAAAUUUUGAAGUGGUGGCCUUAGAUUCUAAGUGUAUGUUUGGUUGCAUGGCGAGUUUUUCAGGCUUACUUAAAAUCACAGCAAAUUUUUCACGUCCAAGUAGAAGUUUGGUUCUGUAGCCAAAGCAUGGCUAGACGCAAAUUUGGAGCCUCUGACGCAAAACCAAAGACGUGCUAAUUAUAACUUGCUUAGUAUUUGGAAAGGUGGAUUUGGAGGUUAUAUCCUCUGCUUACAAAUAAAAUUGUUGUCAAAUCUAUGUUGGAUGUCAAGUUCAUGACAUGUUCAAGGAUUUGUAUAUUUACACUUUAGAUAUGUCUUUAAUUUAACAUAUGGUUUGGAGGUGGAUUUAAGCCACAGGCCAUGUAAAGAAUCCUAUUUUUUUUCUUCUCUAACAUUGUGUUAGUCAACUUAUACACUAUUGAAGAGUGCAAUUGAAGUUUUGAUUAAAUA